AGUCUCGCCCACACGCCCUCUCUUUCUCUCUCUCGCUCUCUUCCAGCUUUUGGUACCCAAUCAGAUAAAAACGCAGCUGAGCUAGAUCGCUCGCCUCCUCCUCCUCCUCCUCUUCCACUCAUGGCGGAGCCGCAACCCCCAACCCUAGCUGAGCAAUACUCAUUGGAGAAACCAGAUGUGGUAAUCAAAGUAAAAGUGGUUGAGACUCCAGACAAUGUUUCCAAGGAAGUUGUCUCUGAGAAAGCUGAAGAAGCACCUGCUGCUCCAGAAGAAAGUCCGGUAGUUACACCAGCUAGUGAAGAAACCAGUGAAGUCAGUCCUACUGUUGCUGAAACAGAAACAGCACCUGCCGCUGAAAACAGCAGUGAAGCAGCUCCUGAAGAAAGCAGUGAUAAUACUGAAACCUCAGAGGAGCAAGAAGCAGUUGAAGAGACACCUGAAAUCAAGAUUGAGACUGCACCAGCAGAUUUCCGUUUCCCAACUACAAAUCAGACAAGGCAUUGCUUUACUAGAUAUGUAGAGUACCAUCGGUGCAUAGCUGCAAAGGGGGAAGAAGCUCCAGAGUGCGAUAAAUUUAAAAAGUUCUAUCGUUCUCUCUGCCCCGGUGAAUGGGUGGAGAGAUGGAAUGAGCAAAGGGAGAAUGGAACCUUCCCAGGUCCUCUGUAGAUGGUGCCUGCUUAAUAACAAAGAUAUGGUUUGCAGUCUUCUGUUAUUUCAAAGUUUUUCCUCCCAAUGAUGAGUUUCUACAAUGAGAGCGCAACUCUCAGGGAAUGUCCUAUUUAAAACAAUGAAAUCAAUAAGAAAUUUUGGCUUGUCUCAGAACACAGAGGAUUUGUAGCUCCUGAAAUCAUGUUAUUGCUGUUCAUGCUUUCUUACUCAUUGUAAUUUUCUACAUUAACUGUUGCAUAAUAGUUUACUGAACCCUGCAAGGGAAACUUAGCCUUU